UGCUUGAUGAAGGAGGCUCUAGUUACUGUAAUUCAGGUGCUAAAAGAUCAUGUUACACUAUCUCUAAAUACAUUUCCAUUCGUCCGACGUCCGUGAAGCUUUUUAUUUAUUUUUGGAUUGGAGUAAAAUUUACGGAUAUUUCUACCUUGUCUCGGACAGUUAUCUGCUCUGUUCUCCGUGUGUGUGUGUGUGUAUAAAGUGUGUUUAUAGUGUGUGUAUAGUGUGUGUAUCGGGCUAGCGGCAGCAGUAUCGUUAACGUUAGUUCAUCUAGCUAGCCGUCGCGGUUAACCAGCUAGCCAAGGCGCUGCAGCUUCUCUGAAGGCUAAUGAGGCGAGGAGAACUGGCAGCAUCCGCAUUAUCGAAGUAUUGCCGUCAAAGACUUUCAAAACGAAGGAAUCCGUCGUUGGAAGGGCAGCAGCAGCAGCAGCUAGCUGGCUAGCUGCCUUUGCUGAUCGGAGGAGGAGACGGGGUUGAGGACAGGAGUGGAGCCUGUAAUGGCAAACGAGCCUGUUAUUCUGAACGUGUAUGACAUGUACUGGAUCAAUGAGUUCACUACCUCUCUGGGUAUUGGGGUCUUUCACUCAGGAAUUGAGAUUUAUGGCAGAGAGUUUGCGUAUGGGGGACAUCCGUAUCCGUUUUCAGGUAUAUUUGAGAUAACACCUGGUGAUGCCACAGAACUCGGGGAGACGUUUAAAUUCAAAGAAGCUAUCGUUUUAGGGAGCACAGAUUUCACAGAAGAAGAUGUGGAGCGAAUCAUGGAGGAGUUGGGAAAGGAGUAUAAGGGGAAUGCGUAUCACCUCAUGCACAAGAACUGCAAUCACUUUUCCUCAGCACUGUCAGAGAUCCUGUGUGGUCGUGAGAUCCCGCGCUGGGUGAACAGACUGGCCUACUUCAGCUCCUGUGUGCCGUUUCUGCAGAGCUGCCUGCCUAAAGAGUGGCUGACGCCGGCAGCGCUGCAGUCCAGCGUGAGUCAGGAGCUGCAGGGGGAGCUGGAGGAAGCGGAAGACGCCGCCGCCUCUGCCUCCACGCCUUCCUGUGCCGUGGCCCCCGCACCAAUGCCCAGGCCCACCCGACACCAGCCACGCCGAUAGACCCUGCUGCCUUGACUGACAGGCCUCAAAGACUGGCCCAAUGCUGCCAACAGAGCCCACCCCUUCCAGUGACAAACCUGCAGUUCACCAGCAGUGUGGAUAUGCCCUGCCCAGUUGGUCACGGGUCCAAAAUCAUUGGUUUGGUUGUUUUUGUGUUUUGUUCUUUUUUGUUGUUAUUAUUAUUAUGGGCCCAGAGAAGUAUCAGACUGCUUUACCGAAACAUUCAGAGAUGUAUUACCAGUGUUUUUGAAACCAUGUUGAAACUUUUUUGACAUUUGAUGUUUUUUUUUUUUUUUCGGAAACUCAGGACUGAAAAAACACUUUGUACAAGGUCCCAUUGACACACCUUGAGUUUAAUUUUGUUCUUUUGAUAAUGUUACUGUAAUGCUUUUGCAACGCUGGAUUAUUUCACAAGCCUUUCUUUCCUCCAUCCCUGAAGAAAGAGUCUUGGUGUAUCUUUUGUUCAGGGGGAGCUUUUGUUUACAACUUUGUGUUCCUGAUCAUGUAUGUGUGUGUGUUCCUCUUACAGAAAGGCUGCCACCUGGGUGAAACGACCCCACUUUUGUAAUGACACACAUCCCAUGUCUACCCACCUUGGUGAUUGUGCCUAAAGAUUUUUACUGUUACUUGCUCAAAGAGCUCUGCACUCUUUCUCGACAGUUUACCUGUCAGUCUGCUGUGAGUUGCAGACUCCUUCGUAUCCUGGAACUCCUACUUCAGAUGUUUUACACCUUUUAGGUUUUUAGAGUCUUCUAUGUAUUGGAGAAGCUGUUUGUAUUCCAUUUUAUGACUAUUAAAGAAGACUAACACUUU